CGCCCCGCCCCCUCCCGGUCUGGCCAAUGGGCGCCCGGGCCGCGCACAGUGUGGCCCCGCCUCCGCCAGGGAAACUUGAAGCAGGAGAAAAGUUUGUACAGAGGCUGGAAGGGCAAGAGCGGAGCUCCAAACAGGCAGCGCGAGAGGAAGAUGAACGGCCCCAGGUCAGAGCCUCAGGCCGAGUGGACCUCAAGCCGCCCCCAGGGCGCCAAAAGCGGCCUCAGCUGCAGCCGCCAGCCCCGGUAGCCGCCCGCGCUGCCUUGGGCUGGGAAGGAAGGCGGCCCGAGCCGGGGAUCGAGGCUCGGUGCCACCUGCGCGCGCGGCAGUACACCUGAGCGCCGUCCGUCCGCGGACGAGACCCGCGGGCUUCGCAAAGCUUGGAUCGUCUUUGAA